GCAGCCCUUCCUAUCUCCCCUCCCUUUCCUCCAACAGUCUCAGUCGGUUCGCCCGCAGCUCUUGCGUUCUCUUAGCCGGGUUUCAUUCCAGACAUGGCUGCGAAAGUGUGUAGAUCGGUCCUCCUCCUGUCCCGGAGCAGCGGAGCCGUAGCCUCUUCUGCUUUUCCCGCAUUCGGUGUCUCCUCACAGCGACAUCAUCAGAGCACAAGAACGGAGGCCCUGUCCAUUUCCCUUGGAAGUCGCCAGACUGUCAGGAGAGCACACGGUCUGAGAACAGGAGCCAGGUCUGCUCUCUUCUGUCACUCCAGUGCCGCUAAAACAGCCCAGGGCUGGAAGGGCUCCCCCUCAUGGCAGGGUCAAAGACUACUGUGUUCAUCCGCUGCUACAGAAGACGUUACAGUGGUGUAUCAGAACGGCUUGCCGGUGAUCUCCGUACAUCUGCCGUCCCGGCGAGAACGCUGCCAGUUCACCCUCAAACCCUUGAGCGACACGGUGGGGGUUUUCCUUCAGCAGCUGCAGGCGGAGGACAGGGGCAUCGAUAGAGUCGCCACCUACUCUACAGAUGGAGCAAGAAUAGCAUCCUCUACAGGGAUUGACAUUUUACUCAUGGACAGCUUUCAGCUAGUCAUUAAUGACACAACACACACGGUGCAGCCGCCCAGGAGAGAUCUGCUACCGCACGAGGACGCAGAACAACUGAACGAUGUCAAGCUCUUGGUGCAGCAGCUCUACUCCACCCUGCUUAUAGAAAACCAUCAGCUGACCAAAGAGAGAGAGCUCAUUGGACGACUGGAGGACCUCAACUCUCAACUCCAGCCCUUGGAGAAGGUUAAAGAAGAGCUGAGUAAGAGAGCAGAGCGCAGGACUACAUGGGUGCUGUGGGGUGGGAUGGCAUACAUGGCCACACAGUUUGGCAUUCUGGCACGGCUGACCUGGUGGGAGUACUCAUGGGAUAUCAUGGAGCCCGUCACGUAUUUUAUCACCUAUGGUACAGCAAUGGCUAUGUACGCUUACUUCGUGCUGACACGUCAGGAAUAUAUUUACCCCGACGCCAGGGACAGACAGUACCUGCUGUUCUUUCAUAAGGGUGCGAAGAGAACACGCUUUGACAUUGAGAAGUACAACAAACUGAAGGAUGCGAUUGCUGAGGCGGAGUUGGAUCUAAAGCGUCUUCGAGACCCGCUGCAGUUGCACCUCCCUGUCCAGCAAAUCACUGCCAGCAAGGACUGAUGAGAACCUGAAGCCCUUUCUGCCUCUCUCUCUCUCUCUCUCUCUCUCUCUCUCUCUCUCUCUCUUACUUUUUUUUGUCUUUUUGUUUCAUCUCUACGACCUCAAUGAAAAACCAUAUCCACAGCAGGCUUCAGAGUUUUAUUGUUAUCCUUUUUAUUGUUUUCCUUAAUUUGGCAAGUCUAUGCAGAGGAGAAGAGAUACAAUUAAAUGAAACGACUUCACAACAUCCCUGAACGGAUGGUGACGGCAGAUGAUUGCUGAACUGGUGCUCUCAUAACGCAACAGGAGCACAUGGAGAAACGCACAGCUACUUCAGACAGGAAGCUGAGACACUGGGAUUCAAGCAGUACAUCGCUAUGAGAACAUGACCCCACGUCUGAAAUCUAAAAACCAUCU